AUGUUAUUAAAUCAUGUAUCUAAUGCCAACAAUAAACUGCUCAUUGAACUUUUUGAAGGUUUGACUGGUUCUGAGAGUAAUGACAAAGAGGCACAAGAUUUUCUUGUAACACGCUGCCUUAACGCAUCAUCUCAAGAACUUAAGGAAUUUUUCGACGAACUUUUAGAGUUCUUAUGCCAAUAUCCUGACAUCUACAUACCAACCUUAAACACUUACCUUUCCUAUCUUUAUGAGCAUUAUUCAUGUAAUAGCAUGCUUUCAGAUUUUACUUCGAUGCUGAUUACUAUUGUCAUGAUAGAAAAUUUAAACUAUUCAGAUAAUGCAGAGUUCAGAGAACUCUUUCAUCUCUGCGUCGAACUCCUUUGGAAGGUUUCAAAUAAUAAGACGGCAAUUCAGACGACUAAACGCGUCUUCGAUGAGAUUUUGGAUACACAUGGUGUAUUUGGCAUUUGGAUUUCAGACAAAUCGGGUCGCCACUGCAUAAAGAGAAUUUUGUUUAGCUUCAACAUGAUAAAAAUAAUCGAUCGUGAUAAGGCAAUAAAAGCAGUGGAUAUGGUUACAUUUCUCGUAGAGAAUUGUUCAGAUCACAAUAACGACACAUCACAAUUACCAGAAAAACUUUCUGAAUAUAAAGCCUGCACGGCAUUGCUGAAAACUCUAACAAGAUAUCAAAAUGCAGAACGUGACGCUCUAUUUGAUGCUAAAAAAAAUUCUUUUUUACCAAAACUACAAGACAUGAUUAAACUUGAAAAAAGUGAUCCUGAAAUUCGGAAUUUGGAUGAAGGAUAUAACACCUUCAAGUCAGUGAUGACAACUAAAAACUUAUCUCUUUCAAUUCAAGAUAAACAAAAUUUUGACAUCUUGGGGAUGGAAGCUCCUAGAAAGCUAUCAGAGUUAAUUAGCUUUUUACGAGUCCUUGAAGAACGAAAAAUAAAUUUAUUCAAGGUGUUAAUCGAAUUUUUACCAUGUGAAAGUUGCCACAGACAAGCUCUUGUUUAUUUCUCCCCGGAAAAAUAUUCUUCUCUUGCGAAUGAAAAUGGGUCUGCAGAUAUAGAUUAUAAUUCAAUACUAUCAGAACGUCGGCUACCAUUUGAAUUUAGCGACAAUGAUAAAUUGGGAGAUUGGGACGUCUUGCUUAGUGAAGAUGCAAUAAAUGAUAUGCGAAAUUUAGAAUCUCCUCAAAUGAUUAAGGCGGUCAUGAAAAAAUUUGGGCAUAUAUCUUCAGGAAAAUGGGAUCAGUAUGAGCUCCGAAAUAAAGUUGCUGAUUGUAGUUCUGUAGAUGUCUAUGAAAUGGAGCUUCCAGAUCACAAGGGGUUGAAAAUCCUUUGGCAAGUUGACUGCCGCUUUUCUUCACGCAGUUGUUCGCUUGCACAAGUGGUGAAAAUAUGGACAGUCACUACAAGUCAAGAACAAAUCCGCGAGAUGUUAGAAAACCUUAGAAUCGUUCACCAAGUUUAUACCAUGGAGCACAUACAACUAUGCAAGACAAAUAAAAAUCAAGAUGGCGUGAUUUUGCCAAAAACUUUCGGAAGUGAAAAAUUAAAAUCAACUAAUGAUAGAUUACAUGACCAUCAAGUUGAUGAUGAAAGAUUAAUAAAGGUACACCAAAUGCUUGUUACGAACAAGUUUAUUCCUUUAUCAAAGAAUUUAUUCAAAUCGAUCGUUCUUGGCGGUUCAGGUUUCACUUUUCAAGUAUCUGAAGAUGAAUAUGAAAUCAUCAGACAUCCUACAUCAGCUAUUAUCAUUGGAAGAUCUGGAACUGGAAAGACUACUUGUAUUGUGUUUCGACAGAUUGCUUCAUAUCUUAUGAAAUCUAGUCAAAAGCUCUAUAAGAAUCCGUCCUUAAACACCAAUGUUAUAGAAGAGAAUAUUUUUAACAAAAGACAGAUAUUCAUUACCGUGAGUCCUACUCUGUGUGCCCGUGUUAAACAAUAUUUUGAUCGAUUACGAGAGUCUGCUAUUCUCGCGGAGAAAAAGAUGUCAUUUACUCAAUAUUACGAAUAUACAAAAAAGAAAGAAGAGGAAAGCAUCAAUAACAACCAGUCUGAUAAUUCAAUGCUCGAGGAGGAUGAUGAGAUGAAAGCUUUAGGCAACAUUCCAAACUCAUUUCCUCAGCUAACAGAUGAACAUUUCCCAUUGUUCAUAACUCAUGAAAAGUUUUCUCAAAUGCUUGAAGGAACUUAUGAAAUUGAUGUUAAUAAGUUAUGGAAGACAAAACAAGAAUUUAAUACAAAUAAUAUUGACGAGGAUGAAGAAUACAACCCUAAAUCCACUUUGGUAGAUACAUCUGAAAAGUCAUGGGCUCAUUUUAUAACCUUUGACCUUUUCGUGAAAAAGUAUUGGGAUCGUUUCAGUGAUUAUUAUAGACGAAAAUUAGAUCCUGCACUGGUUUACGCAGAAUUCUCUAUAAUCAAAGGGUCGAAUCCUAAAGAUGGCCAUUUAUCAAGAGAAGAAUACUUGUCCAUUAAUACUAAAAGAUAUCCUAUAUUUUACGACCGUGACGAAAUUUAUAAUCUGUUUGAACGAUAUGAAAGAAUGAAGACACUUAAUUAUGACUAUGAUUCAAUAGAUCGGACACGAGCUAUCUUGCGUUGCGUUAAAAAGAAGGCACUUGGUGGCCCACAUAUCCAUGAAGUUUAUAUAGAUGAAUGCCAAGAUAACCAAAUUGUUGAUUUUUCGCUUAUUUUUAAGCUGUUUAACCGAGCUGAUGGCAUUUUCUUGGCCGGAGAUACUGCACAAUGCAUUGCUCGAGGCUCCUCUUUUCGCUUUCAAAGUGUAUUUUCCUUAAUGUAUGAGUGGGAACUCGAUCGAUCUCAAAAUAAUCCAAAUUGGAAUGGUUCCUUAAAACCAAAACGAUUCGAACUAAAUACAAACUAUCGUUCUCACAAUGGGAUCCUUGGAAUUGCCUCAUCUGUUAUUGACCUUAUUCAGCACUUUUUCCCCGAUUCUAUUGACAAGUUGCCACGUGAAUGCGGUGAAGUUGGUGGCCCACGGCCCUUAAUUUUUAAGGGAUUCCAAGACAAAACUUCUGUGUUUAAAUGUUUCUCUGUUAGUGAGAAACCAGGUGAUAUCAUUGAAUUUGGUGCAAAUCAAGUCAUUAUCGUACGUAAUGAGGAAGCCAAAAAACGAUUAGAGGAAUCUAUUGGAAAAGUUGGUUUAAUUUUGACUAUUUUUGAGGCAAAAGGCAUGGAAUUUAAUGACGUUCUUUUGUAUGAUUUUUUUACGGAUUCGCCAGCAGGUCAAAAGUGGCGUUUAAUUUUGUCUGCUAUAGAAGGAUAUUCUGGAGGCAUGCAAACUUUAUCAUAUGAAAAGCAUUAUAUACUUUCUUCAGAGUUAAAACAUCUUUAUGUGGCCGUGACCAGAGCACGGGAACACAUUUGGAUAUUUGAUAGAAACCCUGAUUUGGGCGAACCAAUCUGGAAAUACUGGAACCAUUACGGACUAGUCAGAACGAAAAAUGAUGGAGAUCCUUUACCUAAUUUGGCUAAGAAAAGUAAUCUGCAUGAGUGGAAUGAAAUGGGAAAGCACUUUUUCGAACGGAGACAAUAUGAGCAGGCUAUUUUCUGUUUCGAAAAAAGUGAAAAUGAAGAAGGGCGUAAACUUGCAAAUGCAUACCUUCUUAGACAAGUUGCUAGGGACUCUAUACUCGAUUCUGACAAUAAUACUGUAAAGUUGAAUUUUAUUGAAGCUGCAAAUAGUUUCAAAAAAUGUUCUCGACCAAUUCAAGCAGCAGCUUGCUAUCAGGAUAUUGAAAUGCACAAAGAAGCUGGCGAUAUAUACUACCAAUGGGAUAUCUUUGAGUCUGCUGCAGAAUGUUACGUCAAAUGUAAGGAAUGGCAGAAAGCCGGUGAAUGCUACGAAAAAGCCAAAAAAUACGCAGACGCAGUUACUGCCUAUAAAAAUGGUGGAUAUUAUAAUACUGUAGUAGACUUGAUGCAAAGGCAAAAGAUUGAUGAUAAGACGUUUCGUCGCAUUAGUCGUUUAGUUAACAUCCAUUAUCGUCGAGGAAAUGAUAAGGAAAUGUGCGAAAAAGCUCUUCAUAUUAUCCCAUCGCAAGAAGAACGAAUAGAGCUUCUGGCAGACCACGCUCCAGAAGAACUCUUGAAAGUUUACGAGAAAAAUAAACAGUUUCGUGCGGCCGGCGAAUUUCUACGCUCGCGCGGAGAUCUUGAAAAAGCUGCCCUUAUGUUUAAUCGCUCUGCUAAUAACAAGGAUAUUAUUGAAUCGUUAGUUUGCGUUUUGUAUCCAUGCAGAAUGAAAAUACUUAAAAAUAUGAAAUGUAUGAACUUGAAUACUUCAGAGGAACUAUGCAAAUUCCUUCGCCAAGCAAAUGAUAUAAUGAAAUCAAAAUCGUCCAAGGCAUUAAAGGAAUCUAAGGAAUUUAAAAUACUCGAAGAAGAGAUCCAACUAUAUUCAGCAUAUUUAAAUAAUGAUCUCAAUAGAAUCAGCAAGUGCAUACAAGCUUUUCAGAAAUAUAAGGCAACCGUCUCCGAGUUUCGUGCAAUAAAUAUAUGGCUUCAGACACCAAAAGCAAAAAUUCAAAUUGUGUACUGGAAUGAAAGAUUGCAGCACCUUUUAAGGCUAUGUGAGUUAGCCUUUCUCUUUAUAGCCCCGCCUAAUAACAAUACCACCAACAUUGAGAAAAUCUGCAAGGGUAUGGAGGCCUUUUUUCUUAUAGGUGAGGUAGACGACCGCAAGUCGAAGCGAAAAAUUCCAUCUGAUAGUCCCCUUCUUGAUUUCAUUAAUGGAGCUCAUUACAGAAGCAAAGAUGAAACGCAUUACAAAAAUAACGUAGGAAGUUCGGCAGAAGUAAUGAAUGAUCAGCACAUUUAUGACAUAAACGACGUGCAUCAAGCAAUUUCACAAUUCCUUGCCUCGUAUAUUUUUGAGCUUCUUGAAGAUGCAGAUCAUGCGGGUCGUGCGAUUCCUGACAUAGAUUCGAAAAUUUGUUACGAAUUUGCAUCCUCAGGAAAAUGUUUUGCAGCUGCGUAUAAGCAUCACAAAUGCCAAGAUAGCCACAUAAAACCAACACCAACAUUUUUGUACAAUCAUCUGUUGCUUAUAUGUCUUCAGUAUAGCGUAAUGAGAAAAUUGCUCACAUUAUAUCAUCGUCGUUUGCUUAAAGAAGACCAAAGUAUUAGUGUCCGUAGUCGUCAAAGAUACUGGGCUGAAAAAUUAGUUGAUCACCUUUUCCGCUAUCAGUCUCCGCAAACAAGUUGUCCUGAGAUAUCGUAUUUAGUGAUUCGAAACAAUCUAAAUAGCAUAUAUGGUGGUUUCAUUAAUCUCGCUCAUAAAGUAUGGUUGAAAUAUAAGUUCAAAAAUGGCACAAAAGUUGGAGUGUUCAAAAAUGGCAGAGACUUUGGAGUUAUGUUAAAAUGCAUGUUUGUAUUUCAACAGUUGCGUGAUAAAUUGAGUAUCGAAAAAUUAUAUUUUGAGUUAAAAGGACUCCGCUGUAAUAUGAAAGGACCCUAUGACCAUAAUUCAUUCUAUGAUCCAUUGAUAGGUUUCGAAUACGACCAACAACGUCGUUAUGAUGUUUCAGUAGGGCUGCAUCUUUCUUGGUUUUUCUUCGAUUUGCAUUCCAAUAAUGUGGUAUCUGCAAUUUAUCAUGCAAUCGUAUUUAUUCGCUAUGCGAUAGACCAUAUCCAUCAUGUUUACCUAAUGAAAACACCUGGAUCACUUGAUGAUUUUACGUCUCUUAUUGAAUUCAUGACGGCACUAAUUUUCACGGCUAAUCCCAAAACUUGUGAUUUUUGCCUUCCUCGAAGUUAUUUGGUCAAUUAUUUCUAUGCAUUUAAUAUGAGACCACUCCUUCCAAGUCAAAAUAAUCGCAAUGUAUAUAGCGCAAGUGGCUAUCAAAAUGCGCUCAGAGAUUCUAUUGAUUUAUUCGAGCAGCUUCUUUAUAAGUUGGAUUUCACUAAAAAUUAUCAUUCACCAAGCAUCCUCCGACUAUUAAGAUUACUAAUCCUUAUUGGUUGGAAUGAAUAUGUUUUCACAUUCAAGAUUGGCGAGCUUUUUAAAAAACUUAGUCAUAGUAUUUCCAAUCACUCAGAAAGGGUCUCUGAAAAGAUCAAGAAAUAUCUGAAAGAACGCCAAAAUUUACAACUUGCAAAAAUUCUAAUUAACGACCUUAGUGAAACAGAUUGCGAUUCUUUAGUCGUGGUAUACUAUAAGAGGGAGGGCAUAUCUAGAUUCGCUGAUCUAGAAAAGCAUGGAGCUAAGAUACUCAAAUAUAAUUCUGGUGAAGAAUUCAGGUCUUCUCUUUGGAAAAUUGUAUCACCAAUAGCUAUUGAAGGAAAGGCUGCUGUGGAAGCUUCUUUUAGUUGUAAUGAAGUUAAGAAAGAUGAACAAAAUGAAUUCUCUGAAGACAACCCAGAGUCGGCAGCAGAAAUUCAAGCUUGGUUUCAAAAAAUUAUUGAUUCCCCUGAUUCUGACGACAAAGCAAAAAAAAUACAAAAAUGGUAUCGUUCAAUACUUAAUCGAAGUCGAAAAUAUCCUAGAAAUAAGACUUUAGAUAAGAUUUACCAUAAGGUUUACAUUGAUAUAACUAAGUUUUGCAAUGAUUUAUCGCACUGGGAAACAGCUAUAAAACUAAAAGGAAAAAAGGUUGUACGCAAAUAUAUUAUGCUAUUGAAAGGUUAUGCAGUUGAUUCAAUCGUGAAGCUUGAUAAAAUGCAAAAUGAAAUGGAUAUAAUAAAGAAUAAAUUCAAAAAAAUAAUUCAGAGUAAAACUUCUGAUGAUGAAACUUUAGAGUCUUGCAUAAACCUGGAAGAUGAUCUAAAGUCCACGCAUUACGGGGAUGUUAAGGGUGCCCUGGAAUCGUUGUCAACGACUGAAAAUGCAGCACAACAUAAAGAAGCAGACAUUGAAUGGCUAGAAACUGAAUUACAGAAGACGAAUGACAUAAUUUAUAAUGUUUCAGACUGGAUAGAUGAAUGCAAGGCUAUCAUCUAG